GAGGCGCCACAUCCGGCGGCUGUCCCGUGGUACAUAAAGCCGCGGCAGCCGCUGCCGCCACCACCACCGCCGGUUCCCAGCAGCAGCUCUGGCCUCCUCUCGGCUGCGGGAGCCUCUGCUCCAAUGCCCCAGAGUGGCCAUGAGCGCCCCGCACUGGUGGGACCAGCUGCGGGCUGGCAGCUCGGAGGUGGACUGGUGCGAGGACAACUACACCAUCGUGCCUGCCAUCGCCGAGUUCUACAACACGAUCAGCAACGUCUUGUUUUUCAUUUUACCGCCCAUCUGCAUGUGCUUGUUUCGUCAGUAUGCAACGUGCUUCAACAGCGGCAUCUACUUAAUAUGGACUCUCUUAGUUGUAGUGGGAAUUGGAUCCGUCUACUUCCAUGCAACCCUUAGUUUCCUGGGUCAGAUGCUAGAUGAACUUGCAAUCCUUUGGGUCCUGAUGUGUGCUUUGGCCAUGUGGUUCCCCAGAAGGUAUCUACCGAAGAUCUUUCGCAAUGACAGGGGCAGGUUCAAGGUGGUGGUCUGUGUCCUGUCUGCAGUUACAACGUGCCUGGCGUUUGUCAAGCCCGCCAUCAACAACAUCUCUCUGAUGACCCUGGGGGUUCCCUGCAUGGCGCUACUCAUUGCUGAGCUAAGGAGGUGUGACAACGUGCGUGUUUUAAAGCUGGGCCUCUUCUCCGGCCUCUGGUGGACCCUCGCCCUCUUCUGCUGGAUCACUGACCGGGCCUUCUGUGAGCUGCUGUCAUCUGUCCACUUCCCCUACCUGCACUGUGUGUGGCACAUCCUCAUUUGCCUCGCUGCCUACCUGGGCUGCGUGUGCUUCGCCUACUUCGAUGCUGCGUCCGAGAUCCCCGAGCAAGGCCCCGUCAUCAAGUUCUGGCCCAGCGAGCGGUGGGCCUUCAUCGGCGUCCCCUACGUGUCCCUUCUGUGCGCCAACAAGAAAUCCUCGGUGAAGAUCACGUGAUGGCAAGGCGGUGACUGGCCUCUCUGCCCCCUAACCUUCACCUGCCCACAAAGACAGCCAGGGUGGGGGUUUCGCAGAGUUGGGAGUGGGGUCUGUCUUUUUAAAAUUCUAUUCCCUUGGGAUCUAACUAGUGUGUCUGUGGACCGCCAGGACUCCACAGUGCCUGGGGGGAGAAAUGCUGGCCCAGAGGUGGGAAGCAGAUGGCCACGGGGCUCUGGGUGUGUGUUCUGUGUCACCUCCAGCUGCAAUGCUCAUUGGGCUGCGUCCUUGUGGUGAUGGCAGCGCCGUCCAGUGGGGGACUCCUUGCUGCACACGCCUUGCUUCCGGGCCCGCCAUCCCCUUGUGUUCCAGGAGCCGACCCACCCGUGACGGACACAUCCUGCAUCAGACGAGACCCUCUGUCCAAUGGAAGAGGCCAGAGCUUUUCAUCCAGGGCCACUGUCCUAAAUCAGAAGCAGACAAACAGAGUGCACACAGGGCUUGUGCCCCAGGAGGCUGGUUUCCACCUGCAGUGCUCUGUAGCCCGAGGUUUACAUACACGUGUGAACCCUUUUCCUGCUACCUCUGCUGAGAGGUGGAGUCUUGACUACAGAUCCGGGUGAAGCUAACAUGCAAAACCCUCUAUGCCAAAAAAUGACACUCCACUUCAAGCCAUUCUGGAAGAUGAGCACAAUCUUUAAACGCUGACAUGAUUUUCCUCCCCAACCCCACCCCAGCCCAGGAUCCUCAAAUACAAAGAAGAAUAGCUACGGUGUGAGUGUUCCAUACACAGACUCCUCCCCUCUUACUACUUGACCUCUGUGACAUUCCCACAGGCCUGUGACAAUCGCGGUAGGGAUCCUGGUUCAAAAUUUGGAGCAAAUGUGAAGUUUGAGAAGUUAUUCUCAUUGGAAGCCUCUUGUCCGCUGUCCUGUGCUGGAAAUUACUGUCAAGAAUCUUGCCUCUUCUUUC